UUUGGUUGUGGGCGGAGUUUAGCAAAGUAAAAACUUGAAAGUGAAAAAUCAAAAGAAAUGGACAGAAAGGCAGAGUUUGGUAGCUCCAAGAGCGGAAGUCGUUCCAGUAGUCGUACUGGUGGAGUUGGCAACAUGAGCACUUCAAAAUUCUCUCUCUCUCGUCAGUCUAAAGUAACUAUUGGUUCGAGAGGUAACCUUGCUUCAGGGAAUCGUAAAGGGCUCCAGUCAGGGAGCCAGGCUAAGAUGGCUCAGGCUUCGAUCAUUAAUGAGAAAGGAGAAGACGUCACACCCAAGCCAUUGUUAAGAGCCAUGGCUGAUCCUGGGGUCAAGAGGAAUCAAAGUGACACUACUAGUAUGACCGAUUCCGGUCACACUACCUCGCUAUUCGAAAAUGCUAGCUUCAUGCAGACCGUCCGCUCGAUGUUCGGCGGGAGUAUAAUGGACGGUGGUAGUGUGAUGGGUGGUAGCGUGAUGGGUACUAGUAUGAUGGGCGGGUCAUUUAUGGGAGGGUCUGGAAUGGAAGGACUGGUACCACCUACUGGAUCCUCCACCUCUCGUCCGUCGACAAGAGAAUCAGAUGCCCCUGAUGACUCAGAAGAGCUAACUCCUGAAGAUUUAGAGUCAUUGGUGACCAUUAAUCUAACAGAGACUGAUACAAUAUGGCUACUGGACAUUCCUUCCACUUUUGUUCCGUUUGAUGACGAUGAAGCAGAGAACAUCCAGCAACAGAACAAGCGCUAUGAAGAGCUGUGUAAGAAUCGGGUUGGUAAUGAUCGAUACUCUGAGAGAGGAAUGGGGACUUUCAAUGAAGCACAGAAAUCAAAACAGGUUCAAACUGAACCUGUGCAUAAGCAAAGUGUUGAAGUGUAUGCUUCAGACUGGGACAUUCAUGAUACACUGACAGCAUUGAAACCAACUGAUAUUGAGACCCAAGACUCAAGUCACAUGACUAGUCACAUGACUAGUCGUGCCGCCAGUCGAGCUCCGACCGGCUCUACGAGACCUCAAACUAAAAUGUCUUCGAAAAUGUCCUCGGCGACAGCCAGCUCUGUGAUGGGGCCCGGAGGUGGAAUGAGUAGCAUAUUUACGAGCUCUGUUGUACCUGGAGUGGUUGUGACUGACCCCGAGGAUAAGAAAGGGCUCGAAGAGGAAGAGGCUUUCGAUCCGACGAAACCGAACAAUCACCCGAUACUGAGGAGUGAUAGUCUCGUCGAUAAUCUGAGGAUCGUUGAGAGGGCAGUCACGCAAAAUGUCUAUCAAAAUAAGCAAGCUAGAUACAGGAAUCUUCCUGUGCUUCCUGAUCCAGAUAAUCCUACCAGUGCUUCAGAGGCGUACACUGUGUCUGCUCCUCACUUGAGCAAACUGUGGAGCUUUAAAUGUCCACUGACCAAAUCAAGACCAGUCACUUGUAUGGCAUGGAACACUGUCAAUAAAGAUAUUUUUGCCGUUGGUUAUGGUAGAUUUAACAUGUCAGAUGAAGAGAACUGUGGCCUAGUCUGCUGCUGGUCUUUGAAGAAUCCUGAAUAUCCCGAGAGAGUGUUCUAUGCUCCUUCUGGUGUCACUUCUCUCUCUUUCUCUCAUCACAAUCCAAACCUUCUAGCAGUUGCACUGUACAAUGGUAAUUUGUUGGUGUAUAAUUGUCGCAGCACUUCUCAUGAACCAGUGGUCAGUAGCAGAGAUGCAUUAUUCAAGCACUCUGGUCCAAUAUGGCAGAUUGAUUGGGUAGUGAAGGAGCACUCUAUGGGUGAUGAUACCUCAGAGAUACUAGUAUCAAUCGGUAUCGAUGGACGUGUUCUUCAGUGGACCAUACGGAAAGGCUUCGAGAGCUUCCAACUCAUGAGACUCAAACGACGCCUCCAGACGAAGCAAAACGAGAAGAAGAGCAUAUCCUCAAAGGCAAAGCAGCAGCAGAAGAUGAACGCAAAGGGAGGAAAACGUAAAGGACAGGAGAAAGGAGGAGGGGGGAAUGUUGGAGGAGCCAUUGGUCAAGAAGCUUAUAUAUCUCAACAUGCUCCUGGAAUGGGUUUCGCUUUCUCUUUUGCUGACACUAACGUUUAUCUGGUAUGUACCGAGGAAGGAUUCAUUCACAAGUGUUCUUGCUCUUACAACGAGCAAUUUUUGGAGACAUACUCUGGACACAACGGUCCAGUGUAUAGGGUGAUGUGGCAUUCCUUGUUCAAUGAUUUGUUUCUGAGUUGUAGCAGCGACUGGAAUAUCUGUCUCUGGCACCAAGACAAGUCUAAACCAUUACACACCUUCCAAGCCACACAAAAGCAAGAGUCAGUAAAGGCUGGUUCCCAGUCAGGCAGGAGGAAGACAGGUACUGAUGAUAGACUGGUUGAUCACAGCUCACAGGAGGCAGUGUGGAGCAUUGACUGGUCUCCUCAUGACCCAACAGUCUUUGGUUGCGUGAGAGGCAGUAGAAUAGAGAUAUGGAACAUGAAACAUAAUGUUCUUGAUCCACUAAUAGUACACAAGCCACUCUCUGGCACUAGGCAAACAUUCAUCAAAUUCUCUCAUAACUCUGAUGUCAUUCUAGUAGGAGAUUAUAAAGGAGAAGUGUCUGUCUUUAUUACUAAGAACACUCCUUCUUGUCCUGCUAACAAAAUGCAGGCUAUGUCUGAUGUUCUUGCUUCUCUAGAAAGCUCAAAGAAAUAAAUUGACAUUUUAAGCAAACAAGCAAAUAUAUACAUGUAUCACCUACAAGCAUGAAGAUCACUUGCACACUAAAUGCACGUAAUUAUAACAAAAAUGAUUAUUCAAGUUUAAAAAUAAGAUAUUUAUCUAA